AUCAGGUUAAGAACUUGACGGAGCAACACUAACAUAUAGAUGCAAAGUUGCGCAAUAAUAUGCUCGACACAUGCUUCUGAACUAUAACUAUUUGCAAAGUUCAAAAAUCAAAGCUCUAAUAGCUGAUGCAUAAUCAAUGCUUAGCUUUCGUUCGUUCUAUGCUUUCCAAAUUUAUUUUGAUGGCUGAUGAGAAACUUAUCUAGGAUUUGAUAUCUGAAUUAUAAAAAAAAACAAAAAAUUGUUAUAAUCAGUCAAGGUUUGAAAAGAAUAUAAAGAAGGAACAGGAAGAAAGAGCAGAAGGAAUAAAUCCUAAUUGGAUCGCAGAGAAGCGGCUUGAGAUUGAGAAGCAACAACACAAAGAAAUCAGUUUAAAGUCGACCCAAAAUUUGAAUAUCUGAAUUCUAAUAGCAGUUUGGGGGGCGCUUGAGAUUGCUUCGAGUCGCCAAAGCUUCAACCUUUGAUGGUAAAGCUCCCAUGGCAUCGCCCGAUGACAUCCUCGUCUCCUCUUUCUCUUAUUCUUCGUCUUCCCCUCUUCUCCCUCAGACCAAGAGCCUACACCUCAGCCAGUGCCUCUGGGAACAAAGCUUACAUGGCCCUCACUCAGGAGCUCUCCGACGCAAUGGCAACAUGCGUCGCCUCCUGCUCCAUCUCUCAUGGCCGGAUGCUCCACGCCCGCCUCAUCUCCGCGGGCCUCGACGCCUCCCUCUUCCUUCAGAAUCAUCUUCUCAACACCUACAUUCAUUGCGGCUCUCUCGAUGACGCGCUCCGAGUGUACGGCGGCAUUUCCUCUCCCAAUGUCUUUUCCGGCAAUAUCAUGAUCAAUGGUUUCACGAAAUUUGGGUUUUUGCGUGAAGCAGUGGAGCUGUUCGAUAAAAUGCCGGUGAGGGACUCUACUUCCUGGAACACGCUCAUGGUGGGUUACUUCCGUGAUGUUCAGCCCUCAGAGGCGCUGAGGACGUUCAUAUUGAUGCUCCGGGAUCUUAAUUGCAAACCAAAUUUGUUUACCAUUGCCUUCGUGAUGAAAUCAUGCGGCGCGCUUCGGUGUCACCGAUUGAGCCUUCAAUUGCAUGGUUUUGUUGAAAAGUUAGAUUUUGGAAGACAUCCAGAGGCUGGGGCGUCGCUUAUUGAUAUGUACGUGAAGUGUGGAGCCGUUGACCUAGCUUCGAAAGUGUUUGGUGUCUUAAAAAGUCCUGAUCUUUUCUGUUGGAAUUGUAUGUUGUCAGGUUAUGCAAGUUCCUAUGAAGUUGGACGUACAAUUAAGGUGUUUGAUAAGAUGCCUGAGCGAGAUGUUGUCUCUUGGAAUACCAUGAUUUCACUACUGUCUCACUGUGGUCAAGAAAGAGAGGCACUUUCUAUGAUAAUAGAUAUGAGUACCCAAGGAUAUGAGCCAAAUUCUACGACAUACACUUAUGUUCUUACUGCAUGCACUAGUAUCCUUGACUUGGGAUGGGGAAAGCAUCUUCAUGCCCACAUUAUAAGGUCUCAAAAGAGCAUUGAUGUGUUCUUUGGGAGUGCCCUGGUAGAUAUGUAUGCUAAAUGUGGUGAUCUAGGAUCAGCAAAGAGAACAUUUGAUGGCUUGCAUGACCGUAAUUCUGUGUCGUGGACUGCACUUAUUGCGGGGUAUUCUCACUCAGGGCUCAUGGAACAAGCUAUGAAACUGUUCAAUGAAAUGAGAAGUGUGCCUAUGUCCUUGGACCCCUUCACGCUGGCAACUGUAGUUAGUGCUUGUUGCACUAAUUUGGAUUUAUGUCUUGGGACUCAGAUUCAUUCUAUUUCAUUGCGUACUGGAUCUUGUUCAUCUGUUGCUGUAUCCAAUGCUCUAGUUACAAUGUAUGCCAAAUGCGGCUCUAUAGAAAAUGCUGAUUCUGUCUUUCAGCGGAUGCCUGUUAGAGAUAUCAUAUCAUGGACAAGUAUGAUAACUGCAUAUUCUCAGAUCGGAAAUGUGAAUAAGGCCCGUGAAUAUUUUGAUUCUAUGGAAGACAAAAAUGUGGUCACAUGGAAUGCAAUGUUAGCUGCAUAUAUACAGCAUGGCAGCGAGGAAGAAGGUGUUAAAAUGUACAUUAUAAUGCAACGAGAAAGUGCUGUAAAACCAGAUUGGGUUACAUUCUCUACACUGUUCUGUGCCUGUGCAGAGGUGGCGGCAGAGAGAAUUGGUAAUCAAAUAAUUGCACAUACCAUAAAAGUAGGGCUCAAUUCCGACAUAUCAGUUGCAAAUGGAAUCAUCACAAUGUACUCGAAAUGUGGAAAGAUAGCUGAAGCGCGAAAAACAUUUGAUUCUAUUUUGGAAAAGGAUUUGGUAUCAUGGAAUUCCAUAAUGACUGCUUAUUCUCAACAUGGUCAAGGGAAGGAAACAAUAAAAGUUUUUCAGAGAAUGAUAUCCAAUGGAAUAAAACCUGAUUACAUAAGUUAUGUUGCAGUUUUAUCUGGUUGCAGUCAUUCAGGACUUGUCGAAGAAGGGAAGUUUUAUUUCAAUAGCAUGAGUAGAUCCCAUAAUAUAGCUCCUGGCUUAGAGCAUUUUGCUUGCAUGGUGGAUCUUCUCAGCCGAGCUGGAUUGCUAGAAGAUGCAAAAAUUGUGAUAGACAACAUGCCAUUAAAGCCAAGUGUUGAAAUUUGGGGAGCUCUCCUUGCAGCCUGUAAAUUACAUGGCAACAAAGAACUCGCAGAGUAUGCUACAAAGCAUCUAUUUGAGUUGGACCUUAAGGAUUCUGGAAGUUAUGUGCUUUUAGCUAAGAUAUAUGCCGAUGCAGGGAAUUCAGAUGAUUCUGCUCGAGUGAGAAAGCUCAUGAAGGAAAAGGGGAUAAAGAAGAAUCCUGGAUGUAGUUGGAUCGAGGUUAAAAACACAAUCCAUGUUUUCACUGCCGAUGACCCGAGCCAUCCACAAAUUGGCGUUAUUCUUAAGAAAUUAGAUGAGCUAAUUAAGGAGAUAGAAGCAGUGGGAUAUGAUCACAAGGCAACCUCAGCUUCUCAACGUCAUCACAGUGAGAAGCUGGCAGUGGCAUUUGGUCUAAUUAGCUUGCCUGAGUGGAUGCCUAUCCACAUUAUGAAGAAUCUCCGAAUUUGCUGUGAUUGUCACACUGUGAUGAAACUAAUAUCAUUAUUAACUAAAAGGGAGCUCAUAGUGCGCGAUGCCAACCGAUUUCACCAUUUUAAGGAAGGAUCUUGUUCUUGUCAGGAUUACUGGUGAUCCGAAAGCAUCAUGUCUCUUUUCAUUUUUUUUGUUAACAUUUAUGUAUUACCUGGUUUAUCUGGGUUCACUUGCAACCAGAAUGCAUGAUUCUUUUAAUCAGUGAAUUCAAUUUUUUAUCUGGUUUAACUAGGAUGAAAUUAAUUCAUCCUAGUUAGGAAGUAAAUACUCAGAAGCCCAAUAUGUGAUAUUAAAACAUAUGCUUUCUUGUGAUAUUUGUGCUCUUUAAGUAGUAUCCUUCAUAACAUGAAGUAGUCAAAUAUAAUUAACAUCAGUAAAUCAAAGAACAAACAUUUUGGAGGAUAGAAUGAAAACUUGACUUCCAUCCAUCAGAAGAUAACAUAAUC